AUUUUAGCACACACACACAACACUCGAAUUUGAUCAAACUUUCUUUGAGGAAGGAAGAAUAAGCAGGAGGACGUGAAAAUGGCAUCUACAUCAGGUGGUGGAAGUCGAUCCAUCGAGAUCCCUUUACGGGAUACAGAUGAGUUCAUUGAGCUGGAUUUGAAUACAUUGCUGGAUGGAGAAGAGGUGCUAAGUAUUUUAAAACAGGAAGUAGCACCUCUUCACAUUUGGGUGACGUUAGCGCUGGAGUACUGGAAACAAGGUGCAGUGGAACACUUUGAAAAGAUCCUUGAAGCUUCGAGGACAGAUGCCAGCCUGGAUUAUCUUAACUGUGAGAAGGAUCAAAUGAGGUCUCUGGACACAUUAGCUGCCUACUAUGUGCAAAAGGCCCAUAAGGAAAAGAAUAAGGAUAGGAAGAGGGAGCUCUUUACUAAAGCCACCCUUCUGUACACAACAGCUGACAGAAUCAUUAUGUACGAUCAAAACCAUUUGUUGGGUCGUGCAUACUUCUGUCUCUUGGAAGGAGAAAAGAUGGACCAGGCUGAUGCACAGUUUAAUUUUGUCUUGAAUCAGUCAAGCAACAAUAUUCCAUCUCUGCUUGGAAAAGCGUGCAUUGCUUUUAACAAGAAAGACUACAGAGGAGCUCUUGCAUAUUACAAGAAAGCCUUGCGCACCAACCCAACAUGUCCUGCCUCUGUGAGAUUGGGAAUGGGACAUUGUUUUGUCAAGCUCAACAGACUAGCAAAAGCCAGGAUGGCGUUUGAGAGAGCCUUACAGUUGGACUCGCAAUGCGUAGGUGCCUUGGUGGGUCUUGCCAUUUUGGAACUGAACUCGAAGGCUCAGGAGUCUAUUAAGAACGGAGUGCAGCUGCUGUCCAAGGCCUACACGAUCGACUCAUCCAAUCCCAUGGUGCUCAAUCACCUGGCCAAUCAUUUCUUUUACAAAAAGGACUACCAGAAGGUGCAGCAUUUAGCUUUACAUGCCUUCCACAAUACAGAGAAUGAAGCUAUGAGGGCUGAGAGCACGUACCAGCUGGCCAGAGCGUUCCAUGUACAGGAGGACUAUGACCAAGCUUUUCAGUACUACUAUCAGUCCACCCAGUUUGCUCCAGCCAACUUUGUCCUGCCCUUCUUUGGUCUAGGGCAGAUGUACAUCUUCAGAGGUGACAACGAAAAUGCUGCUCAGUGUUUUGAGAAAGUGUUGAAAGCCCAACCUGGCAACUACGAAACAAUGAAAAUUCUGGGUUCGUUGUAUGCCAAUCAUCAGGAACAAGAUAAAAGAGACAUUGCCAAGCAACACAUGAAGAAGGUGACUGAACAGUUUCCUGAUGAUGUGGAGGCGUGGAUUGAACUGGCACAGAUCUUGGAGCAGACAGAUGUGCAGGGAGCCCUGUCAGCAUAUGGCACAGCAACCCGUAUUUUGAAAGAAAAAGUUGAAGCAGACAUCCCACCAGAAAUCCUCAACAAUGUUGCAGCUCUGCACUUCCGUCUUGGAAAUUUUGAAGACUCAAGGAAAUAUUAUGAAGCAUCCCUGGACCGGUCAAAGAAAGAUGCCCAGCACGAUGAGACAUAUUACAGUGCCAUAUCAGUGACCACCACGUACAACCUGGCCCGACUGUACGAGGCCUUGCACGAGUAUGACAAGGCGGAUAAGUUCUACCGAAACAUUCUUCGAGACCAUCCCAACUAUGUGGACUGCUACUUGCGCUUGGGCUGCAUGGCCAGGGACAGAGGGCAGAUUUAUGAGGCGUCUGAUUGGUUCAAAGAAGCUCUCCAAAUCAAUCAAGACCACCCCGACGCCUGGUCCCUAAUAGGCAACUUGCAUUUGGCAAAGCAGGAGUGGGGGCCAGGCCAGAAGAAGUUUGAGCGCAUCCUCCAGAGGCAGUCCACCAAAGACGACGCGUACUGCCUCAUCGCCCUGGGCAACGUGUGGCUGCAGACACUGCACCAGCCCAUGCGAGACAGGGAGAAGGAAAAGCGACAUCAAGACAGAGCUCUGACUAUGUACAAACAAGUGCUGAGGAAUGACCCGAGGAAUAUUUGGGCAGCUUGCGGCAUUGGGUGUGUUUUGGCUCACAAAGGCUGCAUCAAUGAGGCUCGUGACGUGUUUGCUCAGGUGCGUGAAGCCACGGCCGACUUCUGUGAUGUGUGGCUCAACAUUGCUCACAUCUACGUGGAACAGAAGCAGUAUGUGGCCGCAGUGCAGAUGUACGAGAACUGUCUGAAGAAGUUUUUCAAGAACCACAAUGUAGAGGUGAUGGUGUACCUAGCCAGAGCGUAUUUCAAGUGUGGAAAACUGGCAGAGUGCAAGCAGACAUUGCUCAAGGCCCGCCACGUCUCCCCCAACGACACGGUGCUGUUGUACAACAUCGCCCUGGUGCAGCAGAAGUUGGCCACCAUGAUCCUCAAAGACGAAAAGAGUAACCUGAAGAAAGUGCUGAUAGCUGUCCGUGACUUGGAACUGGCUCAUGGUUACUUCACCUAUCUGAACCAGCAUGGAGACAGGAUGAAGUUUGAUCUGGCCCAGGCCGCAGCAGAAGCACAGCAAUGCUCUGAUCUGCUGAGUCAGGCACAGUACCACGUGGCCCGCGCCAGAAAAAUUGAUGAGGAGGAGAAAGAAAUCCGGAAGAGACAGGAAGAAGAGAUGGAGGCAAUCAAACAGAAGCAUCAAACAGAUAUGAUGGAGAAACUGAAGCAGAAGGAGGAGAUGGAGCGUAAAAUGCUGGAGCAGAGAGCCGUGUUUGUGGAGAAGGCCAAAAAGAUCAACCUGGAACCAGAGGCAGAAGACAGGCCUCGGAAGUCAGGUGGCAAGCGUUCCAAGCGAGCGGAAGAUGGCGAGAUUUUGUCUGAGGGGAGCGAGGAGGAGCGUCCGAAAAAGAAGAAGAAGAAGAAGGGGUCUUCCAGCGGUUCUGAGAUGGAUGAUGAUGAGGGUGACAAGAAACGCAAGAAGAAGAAGAUCAAGAGAAAAUCAAAGAAAGACGAUUUUGUCAAUGACAGUGAUGACGAAAAUGAAGACAGAGAUCGUAAACGUGGUAAAAAGAAGAAAGGCAAAGAAGGGAAGGCGGAGAAGAAAAAGAAGCAGAAGGAGGAAGAUGAUGGACUAACAGCGAAACAGAGGAGGAAAAUUGUGUCAAAAGCGGUCAUCUCGUCCAGUGAAGGCUCUGACUCUGAUACGCGGAAGAAAAGACUCCAAGACAGCGGCAGUGGUAGCGAGGACAAUGCUGCCAAGGGCAAGCGUCGUCGCAUCAUCGACUCUGGCAGUGACAGCGAUGCUGGAGGAGGAGAAGGAGGGAAGAAGUCGGGAUCUGGGUCGGAGAAUGAGGGUCAGCGCCGGUCAAGGUCAGGCUCACGCUCCGGCUCGGAGAGGAAGUCAAGAUCGCGUUCUGGGUCACGCAGCUCAGGGAGGUCAAAGUCACGGUCCAAAUCAAGGUCAAGGUCGCGCUCUGGCGACGAGGGAAACAAGUCUGGUUCCGAUGUUGGAUCGGCAAAAGCGGCGAAUUCUGAUGGAGAAGGGAGUGGCAAAGAGGGUGGUGGUGGUGGUAGGUCGGGCAGCGACGGAGAGGGGAACAAGUCUGGAGCUGGGUCAGGGGAUGAGGCGGGCGGAAAAUCUGGGGAUGAGGCCGGUGGUGGUGGGUCUGGGGGAGACCAGGCCAAGUCUGGGUCGGACAGUGAUUGAAGUGGUGCACAACGGCUUGAUAAUGUGUUGGUAGCUAUUGAAGUGUUGGAGAACAGCUUGACAGUGUGUUGGUAGCUAUUGCAGAAGAGUGCAAAACAGCUUGACAGUGUGUUGUUGGUAGCUAUUGAAGGACUGCUGAGCAGCUUGAUAAUGUGUUUUUAGCUUUUGAAGUGGUGCAGACUCGCUCAAUGUAUUGGGGUGGUUCAGAAACAUGUACCGUACCGUAAGGUCUUGGUUAGCUAAUGAGGUGGUGGAGAAAGCUGUAGCGGACUUGCCAAGUAUUUCAAUAAAAUUGGAGCCAUCUGGUUUUGUUUAGUCCAUCGAAUCCCUUAUUAGAUUUGCCUAAAAUCCAAUUUUUUUUUCUUUCUUGAAUUAUGUUUCCGUCAGUCGUAUGCGACUUAUCAUAAUUGGUAUGAAAAUACACGUUUUUAUUUGUGUGUAUUUGCUAUACCAUAUAUUUGCCACUCUCGGUUUGUUACAUAAUCUUAACCUGCUGGGGUAACGGAGACUCCAAUUUUUACCCCAAAAGUCCUAUUUUUGGUCCUGGGGUGUUUGGCACAUCUACACUAGGUUCAAAAUGAAAGGGUAAACUUUACUUUCACCGUUUGGACUAAAAAGACAUGACGUACUGGUUUGAAGUUGAAGUUAUGUAGAAAGGCUGAAUUGUACAAAUUGCUCAUUUGUGUACUAUGAAUAUAUGAACAAAUGAGCGUCAAAUGUGCUUCUUUUACUACCGCCAUCAUGUAUGCCAGUCCUGUAGGACUGCACAGUAUAAAUGAAUUAGAGUAGGAAAGAAGAGGUCUGUAAACAGCUGAGGCUCCCUCUGAAAGUUAACACACAAGUGAACUAGAAAUUUUAGAAAGUUUGUUUGUUUUUGUAAUCUAUUGGUUCUAACGUCUGCGAUGUUUCUAUUUCGUUUGUCAGUUGACUUCUCUGUUUUCAUAAUCUGCAUGGUUCACAGAACAUGUGAAAAUCAUUUGGAGAUACGUUGGCAUUAUACAAAAAUGAAAAUAUGGAGGGUUUUAAUUUUUAAAUUUGUAGCAAAAAGUCUACUGUGUAAAAAUGUAUGUAAAAGUUUGGACAAUGGUUCAAUAGCAUACUAUUUUUUUUAAUGAUUUGAAUUAAACUUUAAUUUUAAUAAUUUUACAUGACCAUUGCAUUUCACAUGAAGCUCUUGUCAGCUAAUUUGGACUCUGGCACAUUGUAAAAGUUUUGUCAUUUGUUAGACAUUAUGCCAAUACAUGCAUGUAUUUAGAGCACAUGUGUACAUUCUCAUUCUUUGAAUGAUGUAGAUUUUGGGUUUGUCAUUUUGUAUUGAUUGAUGGAAAGUGAGCUUUAAUAAUGCAGAUUUUCAGUCGUAAUAUGUGUACAAACUCCUGACAUGACUUUUUCUAUUGGGAUUUAGACAUUGGGUCAGGCAAAAACACUUACUGUCUCUUGUUUAUAAUGUGUUGGUUGAGAAAUGUCUGCUGUUAUCUCCGAGUGAUUUUGAGUGCACACUUUGGUGUUAAAAAAUUUGCAGUUGUGACAGGUUCGUGAAUCAAAUUUAAUAGGUCUACUCUAAGUUGAGAUUUUUCACUGCCACCCAUUUUGCAAUUUUUUUUCCCUCCAACUGUGUACAGCUUUACCAAAUGUGGAGUUUGAACAUUUUUAUUUGUUUCAGUCUGGGGCAGAGUGACCUGGCUACUAUGAGAAGAGAGCUAUUUGUUACCGUUAUGGUAAACGAAAUGAUUUGCUUAAUGGUUGUUGCACUUACAUGAAAGUUCUGAACUUUCUUUGUUGUAAAGUUUUAAAAUUCUGGCCGAUUUGAAUUAAUUAAUGAAAUGCUUAGAAUGAGUAACUGAAUAGUUUUCCGUUUUUGUUGUUUAAGAAAAAAAUAUUGUGACGCUAAAUUUAUUAAAGAAUGCACAAACUUUUGGAAUUCCUUUGUGCUUUUAUUUUUUUCAGCAGGUUUGACCAUUUUUUGUGCACGUUCCACCAAGAUGUACAUUUCAUGGUCUAGUCGUAUUUUUAGUUUGCGAUCAUGCUGGAAUGUCUUGCAUUGAAUAAAAUAUGCACUGGUGUGCGGUCAGCUACUUCC